ACAGUCCGCAGAUAAGGUGCGGUGUGUGGCCCGGGAUUGACUGGCGCGAUCUGGUUGUCCAUAAGAUGAGGAGAACCGUACGUAGCUCCAGUAUCGCAUCGCACCCCACUAUUCGCAACUGCUGGGUGUGUGGAAUCUAGCAAAACCAAGGGGAAGAUGGUUGGGGCUACGGCGAGCGCUUUGAUUGGAGCGAUGAACCUUCUCCUCAGCAAGCUCUCCACCCUACUGGAGAGGGAGUUUGGGAAGCUCGCGGGCGUGAAGCGAGAUAUCGCCUUCCUCAGAGACGAGCUGAGCAGCAUGAACACCGCGCUGGAGGCGGUGUCUUCGGCGGAGGAGGUUAGCCCAAAGACCAAGAACUGGAUGGGUCAGCUUCGGGAGCUAUCCUACGAUGCUGAGGAUUGCAUCGAAAUUUUCAUGCAAAACCUCGACAACCAAGACUCCUAUGGGACUAUGUGGAAGGCCUUUCAUGGUCUCAUAACCCUGUGGAAACGUCACAGUAUAGCCGACGAGAUCGCUGUGUUGAAGCAACGGGCUGAAGAAAUUCACAGUAGGAGCAAGAGGUUUGAGUUCAAUAUGACGUCCCCCUCCACUUCCACUUCCACUACUAACGCCAUGUCUAUCGACCCGAGGCUGCCUGCGCUUUUUGAAGAGGCGGAUAGACUCGUCGGUGUGGAGGCCUCGAAGGAUGAAAUAGUGAAGUGGCUCACUCAAGACAUCAAGAAGUGGAAGGUCAUUUCUGUUGCUGGAUCUGGUGGUCUUGGUAAAACCACGCUAGCGAAUCUGGUAUACAAGGAAAUCAAAAGCCUUUUUGAUUGUACGGCUUUUGUAUCCGUGUCCCAGAAUCCUGACACUAACAAGAUUCUUAAGGAUAUACUCUUGCAAGUUCUAGAAACAAGCAGCCAUGCAUCGGCUGAUCAGCGGAAGCUCAAGCAGACAAUAAAGAGUAAACUCGGCCUGGGACCAAUACAAGAUCUUACACUCAUAUGCAUGAUUAGAGAAUUUCUAAAAAACUGCAGGUAUCUUAUUUUAAUUGAUGACAUAUGGAGCAAAGAUGCGUGGGAAGCCAUGAAAUAUGCAUUUCCUGAGAAUGAUUAUACAAGUGGGAUAAUGAUAACUACACGCAUAAAUGAUGUAGCUAAGCAUUGUUGCUUCCCACAAGAAAAGUAUGCUUACUUUAUGAAACCCCUUACAAGUGUUGACUCCAAGAGGUUAUUUUUCAAAAAACUAUUUUUUAGUGAGGAAGAAUGCUCUCAAGAUUUGAAAGAAGUUGCUGGUGAAAUACUUAAAAAGUGUGAUGGCUUGCCAUUAGCUAUAAUUAAUAUAGCUAGCCUACUGGCAACCAAAGCAGCUAGUCGGCAGGAAUGGAAGAGGGUUCUGGAAUCUUUUAGCUCUCCACUCAAUCAAGACUAUGAGGUAGAUGUGGUUAAAAGGGCAAUCUCCGUUAGUUACUAUGAUCUACCUCAUCAUUUGAAGAUUUGUUUGUUGUAUCUAAGUGUAUAUCCCGAAGAUCAUAUAAUCGACAUUGAACAGUUGAUAUGGAGAUGGAUUGCCGAGGGAUUCAUUAUCGGACAACAUGGUCAAAAUCUGGAUGAAGUUGGAGAAAGAUACUUCAAUGAGCUUGUCAACAGAAAUAUGAUCCAGUUAGUGGAAGCCGACAUAACUGGCAGAGGGAUUAGUUGCCGUGUCCAUGAUAUCAUGUUGGAAAUCCUCAUAUCCCUAUCAUCUGAAGAAAAUUUUGUUACUAUAGUGAAUAGCAAAAAGUUGACAUCUUCAACUAGCAAGACUCGUCGUCUCUCCCUCCAAGGAAACUGUGAAGAGAAUCAGGCAUGGCUGGGCAUCGGAAACUUUUCUCAUGCCAGGUCACUCAAUGUAUUUGGUGAUUGUAUGCAGCUUCCACCGCUCAAGGGCCUUCAAACUUUGCGGGUACUGGAUCUACUGGAUCAUUCAUAUUCAAGGGAGGAUAAUGGGCACAUUGAGAAUAUUGUUAGUUUACUUCAGUUGAGAUAUUUAUAUGUAUGUCGCCAGAUCACCAAGGUCCCUAGAGAAAUUCAGAAGCUACAACUACUGCAGACGCUAGACCUAAGUCGCACAUAUGUAACAGAACUGCCUGCAACCAUUGUACAGCUAAAACAAUUGGUGCGGCUGUUCGUGCCUGGUGAAGUAAAAUUCCCAAGCGGUAUUGGCACCAUGAGGGCCCUGCAGGAGUUGUGGGCGUUAAAUUGCAGAAGCAACUCUGUAAAUAUUGUAGUGGAGCUAGGUAAUUUAGUCAAACUGAAGAAACUAGCCAUAGUUUGGGAUUUCAAUGAAGAGUCUUUGGAGAAUUACAAAAAAUCUUUUGUGUCGUCACUGUCCAAGCUAGUAGGAAGCAGCCUCGAGUGUCUAUCAAUCAGCAGCUCGAUGCCGUGUCGCCAAACGGAUUGGUUGCUCAACUCAUGGUGCCCUCCUCCACGCAAUCUCAACUAUCUUAAUAUGGGUGACUGGUUCUCCAUCAAGAUUGAUCGGUUGAUUCCCUCGUUCUCCAGCCUAGUAUUCCUCAGUAUCAAAGUGGUACAUAUGGUUGGUCGGGAGUAUCUGCAGCCACUCAAAGAAUUGCCAGUCCUGGUACACCUCAUACUGCAAGUAGGUUGUCCAAGCAGUGAGGAACUAUUUUAUCCAGUAAAAGUAUACACAAAAGCAUUCACCAUCAGCAACGAUGGAUUCGAGAGUCUAAAGAGAUUUGAUUUUAUCAUGCCCAUUAUUUAUGACCCCAUCCGAACAAACCAUAUGGGGUGGCAUGUGGAAAUUCAAACAAGGCUUUGUGGGCCUUUGAUGUUUGAAGAAGGCGCAGUCCGGAAGCUACAGCUGCUAAAGAUCGAAUGCCCUGGAGGUUAUAUGUUAUCUUUGGAAGGUGUUGGCUCUGAUUUGGGCAUCCACCACAUUAAAUCUCUCCAGCAUCUGGAAGUUUCCCUCCUUUGUUCGGGUAUGUGGGCUUGCGAGGUGGAUCCUGUGGAGGCAGCAAUAAGAAAUGCCGCCACUCUCAUUCCCAACCACCCCAAACUUGAAAUCAAAAGAAUUGGCGAGGAAGAUAAGAAACAAAAUGUAGAGGUGGGGGAGAAUAUUUUUGAGCGAAUAGCGAGGGGGCGCACGAAGGAGCAUAAGUUGAUACCAAAACAAGUAAGAAGAUGGUCAUUUAACUAGCUAGCUGUCUCAUUGUCCACUGCAACAUCUAAAGCAAAAGGCAGUAACUCUUGUGCUGCAGAACAGGGACAAGUUUCUCAGAAGCAGUCAUCCAUUUUUCCAACUACUGCUCACUUCUCUUCUGAAGAAUCACGUAUCAAGCCAGGGUGUGUAUUUCCUCAGAGAAAAAUCUCUCGGUCAGCUACCCAGCUUUGACUAUAAAGUUUGGCGUACGAAUCACAUGAAUAUGUGAACUGAAGGAUGCUCUCAAGAUAUGGAGUCCAUGCCUCUUUUCUUGGUGAACUCCACCGUGCGCAUGCGGUAUCAUGGAUCUCUGUCCAUGAAUUCUCUUACUAUACGGUAUCAUGGAUCUUCUCAAAUUGUAAAACCAGCAAGACAUACCAUUCCUAUUUGAUUAAGUAGUAACUCAAUGAGAGCUGUUAUGUAUUAAUUGACAUCUCCGUCCCACAUUUAUGUUUCGCUGCCAAUUAUGCAUGACACUUCUGUAUUUAUAGUGACAUUCAUUUCUUAUGGAGUUCUACUGUACUACUA